UCCCUGCCCAUGGCGGGGGUUGGGACUGGACGAUAUUGAGGUCCUUUCCAACCCCCUAACCAUUCAAUGACUGUGUGUAACGCGUUUCUCCCUUAACAUUCAGUGACUGUAUCACGUUCUCCCAGUAACGCGUUUCUCCCGUACAUCCUCUCCCACAGAAGCCUCUCAGGCGGUGACUCCGCGGCUGCCAUUCCCGGUGAGCGGCUCGGCGGGGGUUCCCGGCUCCCCGGCCGGUGCCGGUGCCGGUGCCCGAGCUCAGCCCGAGUUCUCCGCCCGUUCCCCGCCCCGGAAGCCGCCGCCGGGGCCGGGCCGGGCCGCUCCGCCCCGCCAUGGCCGCCCCCGGGCCCCGCUGCGCGCCGGCCGCCGGCCCCGCCGAGCCCCGCUGAGCCCCCCGGGCCUGGAGCGCCCUCGCCAUGGGCGCGCUGUUCCGCGGGGAGCCCAUGUGCCUGGUGCAGCUCGACCUGCGCAGCGGCUCGGCCUACGAGUGCCUCAGCGAGGUGGGCGAGCGCGGCCUGGCCGAGUUCCGAGACCUUAACCCAAAUGUAAGUGUAUUUCAGAGAAAAUAUGUGAAUGAAGUGAAGAAAUGUGAAGAGAUGGAAAGAAUACUUGGAUAUUUAGUACAAGAAAUUAAAAAAGCAGGUAUUUCACUCCCUGAAGGAGAUGUUGCUCCUCCUGCUCCCUUGCUGAAGCACAUUUUAGAAAUCCAGGAACAGCUGCAGAAGCUGGAGACAGAAUUGAGGGAAGUAACUAAAAACAAAGAAAAACUGCGGAAAAACCUGCUUGAGCUGACAGAGUACAAGUACAUGUUGAAGGUCACACAGAGCAUUGUCAGGAGAACAUCUGAGUAUGAAUCUCAUUUACAUGCAAAUUAUGAAGAAUUUCCAUCUGUGGAAAAUGAGCCAUUAGUGGAUUACAACUGUAUGCACAGACUGACUGCCAGGCUGGGAUUCAUAUCUGGGUUAGUUCACAGAGCAAAAAUUGAAGCAUUUGAAAAAACACUGUGGAGAGUGUGUAAAGGUUAUCCCUUCCUUACAUAUGCAGAGCUGGAUGAGGCUCUGGAAGAUCCAGAUACAGGUGAAACCACAAGGUGGGUUGCUUUCUUAGUGUCCUAUUGGGGUGAACAACUUGGCCAGAAAGUAAAAAAGAUUUGUGACUGCUAUCACUGCCAUGUGUAUCCCUACCCAAACAACACCGAGGAGCGCCGGGCAGUUGUUGAAGGACUAAACGUUCGUAUUCAGGAUCUUACUACUGUGCUGAAUAAAACCGAGGAAUACUUACACCAGGUGUUGUGUAAAGCGUCGGAAUCCAUCUAUACCUGGGUUAUCCAGGUGAAGAAGAUGAAAGCCAUUUACCAUGUACUCAACCUGUGCAGUUUUGAUGUCACAAAGAAGUGUUUAAUUGCUGAGGUUUGGUGUCCAGUGGCCGAUCUCCAGAGUUUGCGCCAGGCGUUGGAGGAAGGCUCAAGGAAGAGUGGAGCUACAAUUCCCUCAUGCAUGGAAACCAUCAGGACAACACAACCUCCUCCAACUUUGAUACGUACCAAUAAAUUCACCUCAGGGUUCCAGAACAUCGUUGAUGCUUAUGGAGUUGGAAGCUAUGGGGAAGUUAAUCCAGCUCUCUACACCAUCAUCACCUUCCCCUUCUUCUUCGCUGUUAUGUUUGGAGACUUUGGGCACGGGCUGCUCAUGUUCCUGUUUGCACUCCUGACAAUACUGUAUGAAAACCACCCCAGGUUAAAAAGAUCACAAGAUGAGAUAAUGAAAAUGUUAUUUGAAGGCCGAUACGUGAUUUUGUUGAUGGGUCUGUUUUCUAUAUACACUGGAUUGAUUUACAAUGACUGUUUUUCCAAGUCAAUAAAUAUAUUUGGGUCUGGAUGGAAUGUUUCAGCAAUGUUUGAGCAGAAGGUUUGGCGCCUUGAGGAUCUGAAAUCUAAUAAAUUUUUAGCACUGGAUCCAAAUGUUUCUGGUGUGUACAAUGGAGCUUAUCCCUUUGGAAUCGAUCCGAUAUGGAACUUGGCAAGCAACCGCCUCACUUUUUUAAAUUCUUUCAAAAUGAAAAUGUCGGUGAUUUUUGGAGUGACUCACAUGACUUUUGGAGUUGUAUUGGGGCUGUUUAACCACUUGCAUUUCAAGAAGACAUAUAAUAUUUACUUGGUUUUUAUUCCUGAGCUGUUAUUCAUGAUGUGCAUCUUUGGCUACCUUGUGUUUAUGAUCUUCUUUAAAUGGUUGGCUUACUCUGCAGAGGACUCCACGUCUGCUCCCAGUAUUCUGAUUCAAUUUAUUAACAUGUUCCUGUUUCCUGGUGGUGGUGGUGAAACAAAGGGCCUCUACCCUGGCCAGGCUCCUCUGCAGAGGUUUUUACUUAGUGUUGCUUUUCUUUGUGUUCCUGUUAUGCUUCUUGGGAAACCACUGUAUUUAUAUUGGUUGCACAGCGGAGGCCGAGGCAUUAGAAUGUGCAGGAGUGGCUACAGACCAAUCAGAAAAGAAAGUGAAGAGGAACUUUCUCUCCUGUCAUGUCCUGAUGUGGAGGAAGGCAGCAGCCAUGCAGACAGUGGGCCCAGAGAAGGGGAUGCAGAGGAGCUGAAUUUUGCAGAUGUUUUUAUGAAUCAGGUGAUUCAUACCAUUGAAUACUGUCUGGGAUGUAUUUCUAACACAGCCUCAUACCUGAGACUCUGGGCAUUAAGUCUUGCUCAUGCACAGUUAUCUGAAGUUCUGUGGCAGAUGGUGAUGAGGGUGGGGCUCCGUGUGGACACCUCGUAUGGUGUCUUGCUGCUGGUCCCUGUCCUGGCCUUCUUUGCUGUGCUGACAGUUUUUAUCCUGUUGAUCAUGGAGGGGCUUUCUGCUUUUCUCCAUGCCAUACGACUUCACUGGGUGGAAUUUCAGAACAAAUUCUACUCCGGUGCAGGAUACAAGUUUACGCCUUUCUCUUUUAAGCACAUUUCUUUACAUUUUAAUAAAGAUGAUGUAUGACAGUUUGGCUGCUGUCAGCAGAAAUGUUUGGAAUUGUCUGCAAAUAACCACGCGAUUGGAUCUUGCCAAUGAAUGGUUUCUUGUGGAAGAAAGUGGUUUUCACUGAUUGCCUUAUAAUGCAGCCAAAUAAUACUGUAAAAUAUACCUCCCAUAGAUAGACAUCGCAGAUCUGGAGCAUCUUGUAAAGUAUAUGGAUAUAAAAUGUACAUUUUUCUUGAUAAACUAAUGUAAAUUAAUUUUAUUCUUUAAAAAAAAAAAGUUGUUACUGCUUGUCCUAAAACCUGAGUAGGCUGCUUUUUUUUUUUUUUUGAGGCUGUUUAUUUUCUUGAAUGGUUACUUUUAAGUUAUCUGAAAGAAUGUGCAUCGUAUUAAGCAUUUGUUACUAAUCACAUACUUAACCAAGCUGCAUCUUGUGCACUUUGGGAACAAUUCAACAAUGCAAAUUCAACAGUGAAACAGAAGCAAGGUAUGUUUUCAGUAUGUGUUCCAGUAUUAUUAUGAAGUAUAAAUUUAUACACAGCAAUGCAACGUGCUCUUUUUUGACCAUAUUUAAAAUUACACUGGAAAUGUUAAUUGUUCAUUCUGAGUUCUACCUGGAAUUACUACUUUAAGCUUUUGGAAGCCACACUGAUAUUUAUAUUUAAUGUUAUGGAGGAAGGCAGGAUUAGAAGCAUUACUCCUUUUCCCUGUAGCGAGGAAUAACUUUUGCACAGGGAAUAACGAAUUGGUCUCAAUCCUUCAUUCUGUUUGGCUGUGAGGACACACAGACAGCACUACCUGAUGUUGUAAAACCUUAACUUAUACCGAAUAACGUGGAAAGAGGUCGUUUUAUACUAUUUUUGUAUCAGUGUGAAAAUGGGGAUACUGCGAUCAUCUUUUACCACCUUGUGCCAUGCGAGCAGCACAAGUUAAAUUUUGCACUUGUUUCAUACGAGUUCCCAAUAAAGCCUCGUUUGCGCUGUGCCGA